UUUUACUGAGGAAUACUUUGAUCCUAAGUUCUCUUGGGCUAUAAAGAAUUUUUCUGAAUUGAAAGAGGAUGUCAAUACAUCAACAGUUUUCCAAUGGGAGGAAAGAAGUGGGUUGUAAAGCUGUUUCCAAAGGGGGACUCUAGAGUAGAUGGAAAUGGUUAUCCAUUUUCUGUAUUUAGCUGAUAGUGAUAAACCAAAAGCUGAUGAGAAGAUUUUCGUGCAAGCAAAAUUCCGAUUUCUUGACCCACUUGGAUCCAGUCACUUUGAACGCCAAUAUAUCUUCUGAAACGCAGUUCAUAAUCGCAGCUUCUGCAAACGUAGGGAAAUUGAAAGAGCAUCCUCCUUCGUCGUAUUCCCUCAAGAUUCACAACUUCUCACAAUUUAAGAAGUCGACUGCCUUUUCUGAUCAUAAAUACAAAUCUCGUAUUUUCUCCUCUGGUGGAUAUAACUGGAGAAUGAUCAUAUACCCAAAAGGGAAUCAAAAGGAUAAUGGGAUUGGAUUUAUUUCCAUGUACGUGGAAAUAGAUACCGCAAGCUUGAUGGUAUUUACACCACCUUCAGAUGUUUUUGCAGAACUUCGUUUCUUUGUCUACAACAAGAAAGAAAACAAGUACCUUACUAUUCAAGAUAUAGAAGUAAAGCGGUUCAAUGCACUUAAAACGGUGUGGGGAUUGCAGCAAGUUCUUCCAUGUGAUACAUUCAUUAACCCUGACAAUGGUUACAUCUUCGAGGGUGAUCAAUGUGAGUUUGGUGUUGAUGUCAUUGUUUGCCCACCCCUUACCAACUGGGAGAUCCUCUCUUUUACUGAGAAAUUCUCUGAUUCUAAGUUCUCUUGGGCUAUAAAGAAAUUUUCUGAGUUGAAAGAGAAUGUCCAGACAUCAAAAAGUUUCUCAAUGGGAGGAAAGAAAUGGUUUCUAAAGCUGUAUCCGAAGGGCAACAGUAGCGCAAAUGGAAAAUGCUUAUCCAUUUUUCUGUAUUUAACUGAUUGUGAUAAACCAAAAGCUGAUGAGAAGAUUUUCGUGCAAGCAAAUUUCCGAGUUCUUGACCCACUUGGAUCCAAUCACUUUAGAUAUCCAUUGGAAAAGUGGUACACAGAACAAACCCCGGCUUGGGGUUGGGCUCAGUUCUUAUCUUUAGCUGGACUUCCAAAGCGUUACUUGGACAAGGAAGACACGCUUAAAGUUGAGGUCGAAUUAAAAGUUGUUUCUGCGACCAAAUACUCUUCCACAUAGGCGGAUCCACUCGAAGAGGAGUGGGUUCAAUUAGCACCAGAAAAUUACUAGUUCGAUUUUUAGUCUGUGUUGAUUAAUAAAUUUGGCAGACUUGCCCAAAACACCUUUGAGCCCAGUCACUUUUUAUGCUGGGUCCGCCACUGUCUCCCAUUAUCUAAGCUCUAAUUUUCAUUA